AUGAAGAUGCUCAUCCUCGGAGGGACCAAGUUCGCCGGCCUCCACACCGCCCGGGAAGCCGUCUCCAAAGGCCACGACGUGACCCUCUUCAAUCGCGGAACGCGCCCUCCCCCAGCCGGAGUCACCAGCAAGCUCGGCGACCGCCUCGCCCCCAACGGGUACGCCUCCCUUGCCGGACUCGCGUUCGACGUCGCCAUCGACACGUGGUCCUCGGACCCGGCCGCCGUCCAGAGCGCCGUGGACGCGCUCGGCCCCCGCGUCCGUCACUACAUAUACAUCUCGACGAUAAGCGUGUACGACUUCAAAAGGGGCGCCGCGCCGCACGACGAGUUCACCCCGCCAUGGGACCCGGGCGACACCGACGUCCCCUACAUCCGGGACAAGCUGGCAGGCGAGGCCGUCGUUUCCGGCGCCGGCCCAGCCCACACCCUCAUCAGGCCGGGGGUGAUCCUCGGCCCGGAAGAAUGGGUAUGGCGCCUGCCGUGGUGGCUGCUGCGCAUGGAGCGCGGCGGCAGGACGCUGGCCCCGGGCCCCCGGGACUCGGGGCUGCAGUUCAUCGACGUGCGCGACCUGGCGGCGUUUACUGUCCUGGCCGCGGAGAAGAGGCUCCGCGGGCCGUACAAUGUCGUCUCGGAGACGGGGCACGUGUCGUUUGGCGAUUUUCUAGGCGAGGCGAACUGCGUUACUGGGGGCCAUGCCGAGCUCUGCUGGCUGGAGGCGGAAAAGGUCGUGGACGCCGGGGUCGCGCCGUGGGUGGAAAUGCCGCUGUGGCUGGCGCCAGGCGACGACGCGGGCGUGUACUCGUGCGACGGGGGCAAGGCUCUCCGGGCCGGGCUGACGGUGCGGCCGGCGGGGGAGACGAUUGCCGAUACGUGGGAGUGA